AGAGGAGGAGGAGGAGGAGAAAGAGAAGGCGGAGGAGAACAAGGAGGCCAGAAAAGAGGAGGAGGAGGAGGAGGAAGAGGCCUUGGGGCUUCUUGGGAUUCACGAGCCCAGGAGCCCAGCAUCUCCGCCUCCCUCCCUCCCUGCCUGCCUUCGGCCAUUCAUUCCGGCGGGGCUUCUUUCCCUCCUCCUCGUCCUCCUUCCUUCUGCUUCUCCUCCUCCCCGGGGGCCAUGGGCCACCCUCCGCUGGAGUUCGUGGACUGCUGGCCGGACAGCCCCGACUUCCGCGAGCGGCUCAAGUGCUACGAGCAGGAGCUGGAGAGGACCAACAAGUGCCUCAAGGAGGUCAUCAAGGACGGAAGCGCCCUCAUCGGAGCCAUACGCAGCUAUUCCUCAGCCGUGCAGAAGUUCGCUCAGACGCUCCAGUCCUUUCAGUUUGAUUUCAUCGGGGACACUCUGACCGAUGAUGAGAUUAAUAUCGCCGAAUCCUUUAAGGAAUUUGCGGAGCUGCUCCAGGAGGUUGAACUGGAAAGAUCCAUGAUGGUGCAAAACGCUAGCGACCUAUUGAUCAAACCGUUGGAGAACUUCCGCAAGGAGCAGAUUGGAGUCGCCAAGGAACGCAAGAAGAAAUUCGAGAAGGACGGAGAGAGGUUUUACUCCAUGCUGGACCGACAUUUGAAUUUGUCCUCCAAGAAGAAAGAGUCCCAGUUGCAGGAGGCUGACUUGCAAGUGGAUAAAGAGCGCCACAAUUUCUUUGAGUCCUCUCUGGAAUAUGUGUAUCAGAUCCAACAAGUGCAGGAAAGCAAGAAAUUCAGUAUCGUGGAGCCGGUGCUGGCCUUCCUUCACAGCCUCUUCACCUGCAACAACCUGACCGUGGAGUUGACCCAGGACUUCCUUCCAUAUAAACAGCAGCUCCAGCUCAGCCUGCAGAAUACAAGGAACCAUUUCACCAGCACGCGAGAAGAGUUGGAGGACCUCAAGAAACGGAUGAAGGAAGCACCCCAGACCUGCAAACUCCCUGGGAAGCCGACCAUAGAAGGAUACCUAUAUUCCCAGGAGAAAUGGGCCUUGGGGAUCUCAUGGGUCAAGUACUACUGCCAAUACGAGAAGGAGUCCAAGAUGUUACGGAUGACGCCCAUGGAGCAGAAGCCGGGAGCCAAGCAAGGUCCCUUGCACCUGAUGCUCAAGUCCUGCGUGAGGAGGAAGACCGACUCCAUAGAUAAACGGUUUUGCUUUGACAUCGAGACGCUUGAAAGACCUGGACCCAUCACCUUGCAGGCUUCGUCGGAAGCCAACCGGCGGCUCUGGAUGGAGGCCAUGGAUGGGAAGGAACCGAUCUAUCACAGUCCCAUCACAAAGCAGGAGGAAAUGGAGCUGAACGAAAUCGGCUUCCGCUUCGUCAGGAAAUGCAUCAACGCCGUCGAGACCAAAGGAAUCACAACUGAAGGGGUGUAUCGAACAGUCGGGAGCAACAUCCAGGUCCAGAAGCUGCUGAAUGCCUUCUUUGAUCCCAAAUGCCCCGGAGAUGUGGAUUUCCAAAACAGUGACUGGGACAUCAAGACAAUUACAAGCUCCUUGAAGUUCUAUCUCAGGAACCUCUCUGAACCCGUCAUGACGUAUAAACUGCACAAGGAGCUGGUCUCGGCUGCCAAGUCGGAGAACUUGGAUUACAGGCUGGGAUCCAUCCAUGCCUUGGUGUAUAAGCUGCCCGAACAGAACCGGGAAAUGCUGGAGCUUCUCAUCCGGCACUUGGUCCACAUCUGCGAAUACAGCAAGGAGAACCUAAUGUCCCCGUCCAACAUGGGGGUGAUCUUCGGCCCCACGCUCAUGCGGGCACAGGAGGACACCGUGGCUGCCAUGAUGAACAUCAAGUUCCAGAACAUCGUGGUGGAGAUCCUCAUUGAGCACUUCGACAAGAUAUAUUCUGGGCCGCCUGAAGACAAUGCCGCGCCACCGGUGCCUCCUCCGCGAGUGGCCACUCGGCGCCACAAGCCCAUCACCAUCUCCAAGCGUCCGCUGCGGGAGAGACCGGUCUUCUUUGGAGGCUCCGUGGAAGAAGGCGAAGAGCUUGGCCAAAGCCCUACUCCCAACGGCAUGGUCAUGCCCCACUACAAUGAAGCUCCUAAGCCACUCCAGCGCAACCGCCUGCCUUUGCCCCGGUCGGGAGAGAUGGACUCCACAAAACCCGUCUUGGACGGCAAGUCGGAACAGUGCGCAGAGGUAGAUGUGGGGAAACUGGUGUCUCGACUCCAAGAUGGCGGGGCGAAGUUUGCCCACAAAGCCGCCAAUGGGGUGCCACCAGUUCCUGGCUGCCCGAAGGCCUCCAAUCUCCACGUGAAAAGACCAGCUCCAAGGCCUGGGAUGGUGGUCAAAGAAGGUGAAUCGGAAGGCUUCAUCAAAGCACGACCGUCUGGGGAGAAGCCGGUGAUCACGCGGCCCCCAAUGAGACCCCCGGAUCCUCCGUGCAAAGUUCCUACACCCCAGAAACCAGAGCCAAAGCCCGAUCUGAUUGUAGGAGGACCUGGGGAGGCAUCUUCCUCUGUAGUGGCCUCCAGAACAAAAUUCUUUGAAUCGGCUUCUUUCAGGAGAGGCAGCUCUUCAUCACCUCAAGGCAGACUCCCGAGCGACGAAGGCUGAGGCCCAAAUGGCUAUUCCAUUCCCAUCCUGGCUGGUUCCAGGUUGAUCGGUUCUAGAUGCUCUCCAGAACCAUGUCCUUGGAGACUUCUGCUGCUGCGGGAGAAGCGGGAGAACAUUUCCAUCUUGGUGUUGAGAAGACUCACUGUUGGCUCCAUCACUCCUCCUUGCCUCCAUGUUUCUGCCGUUUCUUGUGUCCAAAGAGCAUGGCUUGGCUUUCCCGUGGAUUGCUGGGUAGAUGUUUGCAUAAUGCAGCUGGAUAGUCAACAGUGCAGAGCAAUUCCAACUCGCUUCUUCUGCCAUCAUCUCCUUGACUGUGAAGACAUUCCUUGAUGUUGAUGCACUGGCCGUGUCGAGUUACGUUCUCCACCCCCUUUUCUAUUUUAAUUUGUACAAACUUGAGGCAUCGCCUGUUGUAUAUAUCGUUCAUACAUGUGGCAACAAUCCCGCUGUUGAUAGAAGGCAGAAGAUGCAGAUGGGCCCGUCUCUCAGCCAAGCUUCCAUCCAUCUUCCCUCUUGGGCUUCGGGGUGGGAAUGCAGAUAACCUUUCUCCACCCAUCAUAUGAAUGUGAAGUCUUUUCAAACUGAAAAGAGGCUGAAAGAACCUCUCUCACGUUCCGUCUGAUGGCAUUUUCGGUAACCUCCAAAGCAGCUGUCACUCAUGGAGAUGGCAGGAGGUCCAAAUACCUUUCCGUUGGCUCCUUUCGACGGGAGGGGUGGCUUCCAGCUUGAACUGGACUGAGACGAGAUGAUUGUUCAGUGACAUUAUUUUAUAAAUAUAUAUCAUUGCCUUGCCAGCAGCCCUGCCAUUGAUGUAAGAAAGGGACUGUUGGGAUGCCUAGUUUCUCUUACUAACACACACAGCAGAUUCGGGACAAUGGCAGAGGGAUUUGACACAUUUCGUCACAAUGGCUCAUUUUCCUAGACUCAGUAGGGGUCCUUAUGACAAAGGUUGGACUUUUGGGUGAUAGGCAUUUCCUGAUACCAUUUGUUACUCAAUAUUUUAACCCCGAAAGGCCACCCAAUGCAUCAUUGGGGUGUGUGAGUCAAUUCCGAUAUGCAUUGGGUUUCGUUUUUCUCAAUGGGAAGAGUCUUGCAAAUCAACUUUUUGUUACUUUUAGGAGUGAACCAAUUUGGGGGUCAAUUUGGGGGGGGGGGUUGUUCAUAUGUAGUGAAAUUAUAUUGUCAGUCAAUUUUGGGGGGGGGGGGGAAGUGUUACAGUGAAAACACAGAGGUCCAAUGUCCGUUGGAGGGUCCAAUUUCAUUGCCAACAUUCCAAAGUAUUGCUCCGUUAUCUUUACAGAAUCUUCAUUCCAGCCAAAGUUUACCAGGCAAAGCCCUUCUGUGGAUUCCGUUGCUUUGAAAGAACAUGAUGGGAGUCUCACCACUGUUUUUAGGGACCAAACACACAUGGUCUAGAGCAGGCAUGGGCAAACUUCAGAACUCCGGAUGUUUUGGACUCCAAUUCCCACCAUUCCUAACAGCCUCAGGCCCUUUCCUUUUCCCCCUCAGCCGCUUAAGCUGAGGAGGGAAAGGAAGGCCAGGUGUGUGAGGUAUGAUCUCAUGGCUUCUUGGUUGGGCUAUUAUUUUCAUACUUUGGACUUCAACUCCCAUGAUUCGUCUAGAUGGUGCUCUUGAGUUGUUCUUCUCAGACAACGUUUUCCUGAAAGGAAUGGCCAUUUUCUGGCUUUGGUCCUGCUUUGCUUCCAAGGCAUAAUGUUGGCAUUACCAAGAUCUUUUCCUGGGAGAACUUGCUUCUGGUUACCUUCAGACAUACCUUGCGUCCACUCUCGUAAGUUCUUGGUGGUUACUGAAGACAAUUAAAAAAUGCACUGCGUACCGAGUUGGAUAUUGUCUCUGUAGGCUAUUCUUCUUAUCCAACCGCUUGAUAUGGAUCGUUUGGUUUUAGUUGUAUUUUCUGCAUUGCGCGGGAAUAAGUGGACCCCAGAAUGGGUGGGAAAGGACCAUUGGAGACCCCAGAACCAGAUCCCUCUGAAUGAUCUGUCAGUAUUGUAGUUGGUCCUCGUUUGGCUCUUGAAAUAGUCAAGCAUUAAGAAAUAUCAGUAUCAAUAAAUGUUGAAUAAUGGUCAUCCCGGGAAUCAUGAAGAAUAAUGGUCAUCCUGGGAAUCAUGGGAGAUAUGUCUUUACGGACAUAUGAGUGAUUUCCCAUUUUGGGAAUGUGUUAAGAAAAUGAUGCACAGAAAUAAAUUUCUUUUCUUCCUUAUAUGUGAGGAUAAAACCAGCAAAUGUUUACAGUCCUUCCAAAGAGGAAACUCCAGAUUGGCUUUGAUUGCAGCUCCCAUGGAUUCCACAUCAACGUAGCUAACGGUGAGGGAUGAUGGGAGCAACAGUUGAGCAACAUCCGGAGGACCAUCCUUCCCAGUCUUUAUCAAUGCUUUCUUGUUUCUGGAUUGGCUGCAUUUUGGACCAAACAAAGAAGGGAUCAGGUUGAACUCAUGGUCAUCAACCCAUCAUUCCAAGGAAUUAGAUCAUGGGUUGUGUGCAAAAGGGUGUCGUCUAGUCAGUGUGUGCGGGAAACUCAAAAAGAUGCAGUGGAUAUACAAUAAACAGCCUUUGGUAUGUGAAAGGAGAUCCUUUGUCACUGAAUCCUUGGGGUUAUUUCCUCUACCUAAAGAUCUGGGGACCAUAUUGAUAAUCAGCAUCGCUUUCCGGCGUUUGCAUCUGUGAAUUUGGUGCCUGCUUUUUCUCAGAUGUCUCGCAAUUCAACUCUGUAUUCCGUGAAUGUCCAAGCACUUACGAUCUCUCCCAACCUGAUAUGUUGUGUUGGUGAAACUGUGUAGAUUAGUUGUAACGUUGCUUAUAAAGUGUCCAUGGAUUUAAAAAAAGA